CUUCAGGGCACAGCGCCGAAUAGGUCUGCUAUUAAUCUGCCAGAGAAGAACAAAGAUACUACUCUACACUUUACACAGUAAUGUGAAUGCAGUCUGAUUCUGGCAUUGACUUGUCUUCAAUGUUAACGACAGACCGAGAACAUUUCUGGUGCCUAGUCGUGGAGCUUGUGCAAAACCGCACUGAUGUACCCCUUCAUCUAAGUGUUUAAUGUGACUGUGCCUGAGGGAAGGAGACAGAAAGUGAAAUGUGUGUGUCGGCAUGACAGCGAUGUAUGUCUAGUAGCAUACAGUGUGUCUGGGUGUGUGUGUGUGUGUGUUGAGUGUGUGUGUGAUGUCAGGAGACACCAGCACCCUGUCCUGGAGGAGCGUGUCUCCCACCAGCCAGUCAGUUUCCUCGGAUAUGUCUCCCACAGCAACCAUCACCAGGGACAGUGUCUUCCCAGUGAAGAUCAUCAAAGUGUGUUUCCUUAACAAUAGCUCCAACCUGGGCAAGAACUUCAAACUGGUCCGUUGUGAGGAGGGCUGGACCAUCAGGGCUAUCAUCAAUGUGGUGCUGUCCAGCGGCUGUGUGGGUCCAGAUAUUAAACACAACCUCUCCUACGGCCUCCUCCUCAAACACCUCAAGUCCUCAGAGAUACACUGGCUGCACCCAGACCUGACAGUGUCUGAACUCACUCAGCGCUAUGAGCAACAGCACCUGGAGGCCGAGUGGAGAUAUGACCUGAGGAUCAGAUACAUCCCAUUAGACUUCAUGGAGAAAUUCAAAGAUGACAGAACCACUAUGCUCUACUUCUACCAGCAGGUACGAAUCGACUAUAUGCAGCUGUUUGCAUCAAAAGUCAGCGAUGGCAUGGCUCUACAACUGGGUUGUCUGGAAAUAAGGAGAUUCUGCAAAGACAUGAAUCCAAAUGGACUAGAGAAAAAGUCCAACUUUGAACUUCUAGAGAAGGACGUGGGGCUGGACUUGUUCUUUCCCAGAGAGCUGAUUAAUAGCAUGAAGCUCAAGCAGCUGCGUCGGUUGAUCCAGCAGACGUUUCAGGGCUACUCGACUCUGAAGCAGGACGAGUGCAUGGCCAAGUUCUUCAGCACUCUGGCUCAGUGCCACAGCUACACACAGGAGCGUUUCACCUGCCAGCUGGUGCACGGCUGGAGUUUAACAAUAGACUUAGUCAUCGGCCCUGAAGGCAUCAGUCAGCAAACCGAGAACUCAACACCCGUUUGUCUGGCCACAUUUGCUCAGGUGCGCAGCAUCUCCUGCUCUGCAGAUAGUGAUGGUCGGACUCUGCUCACUGUGCACAUAGAGGGAGCGAAACAGCCUCUGUCAGUGCAGACUUCCUCCCCGGCUGUAGCAGAGAACAUGGCCAACCUGAUUGACGGCUACUGUCGACUGGAUGGCAGCUCUGAGAGCUCGCUCAUUGUCAGGCCCAGCAAAAGAAGAGACUCAAGGCUGAAACUGCCUGACAUCCCAAAACAUGGUGGCUCCUGUGGUCCUGGCAGAGAAAAGCACAGGAUUUCAAGAGAUGAUGUCAUUGUGGGUCGAAUCCUGGGCGAGGGGUUCUUUGGAGAGGUUCAUGAUGGCGUCUAUAAAAGCCCAACAGGAGAAAGGAUCCGUGUAGCUAUCAAAACAUGUAAGGACUGUUCAGAUGAUGUGAUGGAGAAGUUUCUCAGUGAAGCUGACUUAAUGAAAAAUCUGGAUCAUCCCCACAUCGUGCGUCUAAUCGGAGUCAUUGAAGUCCACCCUGUCUGGAUCGUCAUGGAGCUCCUUGAACAUGGAGAGCUGGGGAACUAUCUGGUGAAAGAACAGUACAUCCUGACCAUUGCAACAUUAACCCUGUACUGUGUUCAACUCUGCAAAGCCUUGGCUUACCUGGAGGGGCUCAACAUGGUGCACAGAGAUAUCGCAGUGAGAAAUGUCUUGGUGGCAUCUCCUGAAUGUGUCAAACUUGGUGAUUUUGGCCUGUCUCGCUACAUUGAUGAACAAGAGUAUUAUAAAGCCUCCGUCAGUCGAUUGCCUAUCAAAUGGAUGGCACCUGAAUCCAUCAACUUCAGACGCUUCACCACAGCCAGUGACGUCUGGAUGUUUGGUGUGUGUGUGUGGGAGAUCUUUUCUAUGGCCCAACAGCCGUUCUUCUGGCUGGAGAACGGGCAAGUGAUCAACCAGCUGGAGUCGGGAAUUCGACUCCCCAAACCACAGCUGUGCCCACCCACCAUCUACUCCCUGCUCACCCGCUGCUGGGCCUAUGAGCCGCACGCCCGGCCCAGCUUCAGCCAGCUCGUCUGCUCCCUCAGUGAGAUCCACAGGAUGGAGCAGGAGCAGGAGGUGGACAUGAGGAGGGACAGAUCACGCAACACGAUAUUUGUCCCCAGUCACACAGAACCUCCACCCAAGCCAUCCAGAAUAAAAGGCAACACCCUUCCUCGGGCCACGUGCAUGCAGGCAGCAGACAGGAACAACGUGCCAGUGUGGGAGAUAGAAAAAGCGCAGAUGGAGGACACGUUACAAAGACAAAGAAGAGAGAUGCUGAUGGAUAAACAAUGGCUGGAGCAGGAAGAGAAACAACUGCCUCUUGAAAAAAGCCCAGAAAAUGGUCCUCCAGAGAAGCCCCCGAUGCCUCCUACAGUCACACAGCCUCGACCUACAGCCGAGCUGGACCGGUCAGGUGACCAGGUGUACACCGGCGUCAUGGAGAUAGUGAAACAGGUGGUCCAGCUGAAGAAUGAUGUCAACGCACUGCCAGUCUCCGAGUACCCCAGUGCCAUCAAGGCGGUGGGGGUCACUCUCCGUAGCCUGAUCCAAAGUGUUGACGAGAUCCUGCCCUCCCUGCACAGCUCCGUCACCACAGAGAUUGAAGGCACCAAGAAACUGCUAAACAAGGAUCUAGGGGAGCUGAUCAAUAAAAUGCGACUGGCCCAGCAGAACUCCAUAACAUCGCUGAAGGAGGAGUGCCAGCGGCAGAUGUUGGCAGCUGCUCACACUCUUGCACUUGACUCCAAAAACCUGUUGGAUGCCGUGGACCAGGCUCGGGUCAGGGCCAACCUGGCCAAGCCCAGACCUGACUCACAAGACGCAGUAGAUUCUGGGGAAUGAGAGGAGAACAUACAGGGUCAUUGUUGAUGAACUCUGUAUUAAGACAAGGGCAUGGGGUUAAGCUGAACAUAUGGAAACUGUCCUGGUUUGUGGGGCAGGGUGCAAAAUUUCCUGCACUCAUGCUAAAUGAAAGAUAUCAUAAUUGUAUAUUCUCCUAAAAAUAUGACUCAUGUUAAGAUAAAAUAAGCAUUUCUGCAAGGUGAAGAAAUAAAAAAUGCAUAAAAUCAACAGAAGUGUAAAGAAUACUAGAUUACUUAACUCAAGUAAAAAGUAGUUAUUAUGUUGAAAUUGUACUCAAGCACAAGUAAAAUUACUCAUCUAAAAAGCUACUGAAGUUAAAGUAACUCAUUUAAAAUGUACUUUGAGUAGAAGUGACUUUUUACAGUAGCUGCAUGGUUGGUGAAGUGCAGAUAAAAUUGACCUCCAGACAGGGAAGAACAUGUACAGUAUACAA